CGCGGCCGCCCCGCUGAGAGGAGGGCGGGCGGCGGUGAGCGCGGAGUGGGGUGUUUCCAGCCCUGCUGCGCGGUUAUUCUCUGAUUUAUAUACGGCUGCGAGAGGAAUUGGCUUGUGGCUUCUUUUCUCGCGGGGGGGCUUUCUCUUGUGAGGCUGUCCUCGCCUCAGAGAGGGCACCCCUCUUCCCCCGCAGACUGAAGGGAGAGACGUUCCUGAGGGGAGAGCGGUCCUCCUUCCCACGCCGCUGUGGGACGGGGAUCCCCGUGCCCGCUCCCGCCUCAGGCUGAGCCGAGCUGAGGGCAGAGACCUCGCAGCUGCAAGCAGGCAGUAAGGCUGGAGCGCAGCGAACUCCUUUUUCCAGUCACUCAGCGAGUGGGACUGUGGCCAUGGCUGCGGGCGGCAUCUGGACGUCGCUGGGGCUGAUGGUGGCCAUCGUGGCGGCCGUGGGGCUGUGCCGGAGUUUGGCUCUUCGCCGCCUGUACAAACACCCAGAUCUUUGCUCAUUGCUCCUGGAGCUGCUGAGCACCUUCCAGGUGUGCGCCUGCACCAACGAGCUCAGCCUGCUGGGUAACACGGAGCCCAGGCCUCACACCGCCCUCACCCUCACCUACGGCUUCACCGUCCUGCACGGCUUGACGCUGCCCGGCAGCACGUGCAACCCUUGUGGCACCCUGCAGCCCCUGUGGGGCGGACGGACCUCAGUCAGGGCGAAGGGACUGAAGAUCGGAGCGCAGUUCGUCGCUGCUGUGUUGGCCAGGGUCUUUAUGCACUUAAUCUGGAGGCUGGAGAUGGCGGAAUCCCAUUCGGGAGUGCUCACUCAGGGUUGUGGCAACCCCAUGCAGACGACAGAGGUGCAGGCGUUCUGCAUAGAGCUGCUGUUCUCUGUCGUUUUCCAGCUGACCAUCCUGCAAGUGGAAAACAUUAAGCCCAGCUACAGAGUCCACGCGGUUGCUCUCCUCAUCACCAUGCUGGUGUUUGCAGGUGGAAAUCUUACAGGAGCAAUAUUUAACCCAGCGUUGGCUUUUUCAUUACAUCCACAUUGUUUCUAUGACAGAUUUCUUACUUAUUCACUGGUAUAUUGGAUAGCCCCAUGCUUAGGUACAGUACUUGUGGCUUUUGUAUGGAAAUCCUUUCUUGGACAUCAGAAGACAUUAAAAUCUGAAUUAUAGUAGAACUGCAUUGAAAGAAGUAUUUUCAAACAAGUUAACUUGCAGCCACCUCCAAAUGAAAUGAGGCUUUCAGAAAAAGCAUUGACAUCGACUUCCACACCUCCUUUCAAUUGUAUUUUCAGAUUUCAUGUAUUGAAAUUUCACUUACAGCUUUGUGUUCAAAACCUUCCUUUGUAACACUAGAUCAGAGAAUAUCUACCAGCAUUUCUGUUAAGCCAUAUGAAUGCAAAAGACUGUUAGAACACUGAAACUUUGUCACUUUAGCCAUAAGUGCCAUUUGCUGACCUGAAUUACAGUGGCACAUAAAACUUAAGUUUAGAUAAAUUCCAGACCUUUUGGGGUUUGAUUUUAUUGGAUUUCUUCGUGUAGACAGCAGCUGCAGAAACAAAACUGAAGAUUUCCCUCUGUAGCGACCUCAGCAAUCCCUUUCAAGCCACAUACAAACCUCCGAGAGGAAAACAGGUUGAUUUGUUUUCUGAUCCCUGGAAGAACUGACACAGCUGUAUUCUAGAGGUGACCCACAGCAAAAGUACAAACCUGUAGGACCAGCAGUGUUUUAAUAGUGAAGUGCAGGUAAGUAACCCUCCCCUUCCUUCCAGGAAGGUUUUGCCCCACCCUGUCUCACUGCAGUCUAUUGAAUGUUUACCUUGAUUGGGAAGAGCAAUAAUAAUGCAGCAAGUUCUGUAGUCACACAGCUAAAAGCUCAUUUUAAGUAUAAAAAAAAGUACUUUAUCCCAGAUAGUCUUUUGCACAGACAGAAACAGAUACAAUGCAUAGGGCUGAAUCACAUGGAAUUUGAUGCAUCCUUGAUGUUAUGCAACCCUGACCAGCUGUUCUUGAAAUAAAUGUAUUUGCAAUAUAGUAAGGUAAUAAAAGGACUAAAACCAGGAAAGCUGACUGCUGAACUGGGCAAACACAUCCUUUGUAGCUGAAGAACACCAGUAGUACCAGCCUUCAAGCUCUCUUCCAGUGUGAAGCUUCUUCUGGAUGUUUCGUUUUUGUAAGCAACACAUCAAAACACAUUUCAGAUGUAAGAUCAAGUAGUUCUGAGAGGCAAGAUGGUCAACAAGUUGUACAAAGAUUCCAGUUCCAGGCUCCUCUGCUCUCUGUUUUAGGGAUUUUUUUUUCAGGCUUUGAAUAUGGUGAACAAAGGGAAGCAGAUGAGGUAUUUGCACUGCAAUUGUGAACCAAGUCUCCAGCAGCUGCUGCUGUCAGGUAUCUUUUUUGCAAGAGUUUGAGUAGUUUCAUUUCAUACUUCUUGCAAUAACGUUUUUCCUGGAUUUCCCAAGGUUCAUACAGAUUAUAUUACAAAAUUAACUAUAUGGACAUUGAUGAUCAACUAUAUGGACCCUCUGUUCUUUCAUUUAAGAGCAAUAGAAGGAAGAAAUGCCUGCUAAAUACAGCAAAAUGGCAUUGAACUGUGGAGUUGUCUUUCAGAGCUCUUUACCACUGCUUACUAAAGGAAACUUCUCUUGGCAAGAAGCUGUACAGCAAACAGCCCACCCCAGGCUGAGCCUGCUGACACUCCAUCUUUCAGCCAUUCUUACAUUCAUCCAUUUCUUUACAACAACCACAAAGGGCUGCUAGAACAGAACCAAACCAAUGCACAUUACCUUUAAUUGAAAACCACUUACUGCUUCUAAAGCAGACGUUGGUAGGCUGCUACCUAUCGCUUUCUUGCUUUACUGUUUAUCCCUUUUACCUACUUCAAGAUGAUCCAUACUUUACACGUUUUGUUUCUCCGCACUGGGUUUGCCUUCACUGUUGUACUUCAGCCCAGUUUGUAGCUUCAUUUCUUAAGGAAAUGAGCCUUACACCAUGAAUUCAUCUGCAUGUCUCCUUUGAGCCCAUAAGGCCCAUGGGAUAAAG